UCAUCCCAACUAAUAAUUUUCAAUUAAGUGCCCCCUUUCUUCCCUCCUUGCUCUUCUGCAACUAAAGAGCAAAAGCCCUAAGAUAUUUGCUCCCCGCCCACUCAGCUCGACUCAAGUCGGGUCAGGGCAGAAGCAGCGAUGGGUCGACCCGAACCAUGUGUGCUGUACGCUCACACGUUCGUUCACCCGCAUCUCGAUGAAUACGUUGACGAGGUGUUAUUUUCAGAGCCUGUAGUCAUCACUGCUUGUGAGUUCCUUGAGCAAAAUGCUUCAUCAAUUUGCCCAGCUGUGAAACUUAUGGGGGCCACUUCACCUCCAUCAUUUGCGUUGGAGGUUUUCAUUCAGUGUGAAGGUGAGGCGAGAUUUAGGCGGCUAUGCCUGCCUUGUUUGUAUUCUCAGUCAUCGUCUAAUGUGCUUGAGGUUGAGGCUGUAGUAACAAAUCAUUUGGUUGUAAGAGGUAGCUAUCGCAGCCUAAGCAUGGUCAUAUAUGGGAAUACGGCUGAAGAUUUAGGCCAGUUUAACAUCGAAGUAGACUUAGAUAACACUUUGACAGAUACUGUUAGCGCUGUUGAAGGAAAGGUAGAAGAUUUGCCUCCUGCUUUUCAUCCCAAUACGCUGACAAUUAAGGAAAUUGUAUCUCCCCUGAAAAUAUUAUCUCAGGCAGUUGUUAUGUUGGAUCUUCCGCUUGAGUUAAGAAAAUUUCUGCUACUUGUUUUUAAAAGUUUGGACUCUCAGAAUCUUGGAGAAGCAGUUGAUACAGUAAUCAGUUCCUUAUUAUCAGUGACCUCAAUCUGUGGAACCCCUUGCUCACCCCACAAUCCUAUUGAUCCAAAGCAACUCGGGAUUGAUAGAUUGAUGAGUAGUGGAGAAGCUGAUCACACUCUUACUGAAGCUGGAAAAGAUCUUUUUGACGUUUACAAAAGGCUUCAGAAUCAGUGUGGCUAUCCAUCUGGUGAAUCAUUAGCAGAAAUCUUGUUUCUUGAAUCUGAGGCAGGCAUCCCUACUUCCAAAGGAUUGAUGGAUUCUUUACACCAACAAUUUGAUUUCUGUAAUAGCAUUGGAGACGUGGGAUAUCCACAUCUUUCACAGAAUAAGAAUAUAAUUCUAUGGUUGAGUGUGGCUCGCUUAUUGUGCUCUGCUAGAGAGAGCUGCUUUCACUUUGUUAAUUAUGGUGGCAUGAAGCAGCUGGGACACAUCUUCAAUCACCGGAUGCAAAAUUCUACCACUCUUACAUUAUUGCUGCUUGGAGUUGGUUGUGAAGGUUUCCUAGGAUGGUGGCCUCGGGAAGAGGAAAGCAUACCAGUCGGCACUAGUGAUGGCUAUAAUCAAUUAUUGAAGUUGUUAUUGGAGAAUCAGAGGCAUGAUGUUGCCUCCCUUGUGACUUAUAUACUUCAUCGCAUGCGUUUUUAUGAGGUUACUUGUAGAUAUGAGUGUGCAGUAUUAUCUGUACUCGGGGGUAUAUCUGCUGGUGGUCGGGUUUCAAAUUUUAACUUGGACAUGCUUGCAAGUGCUAAAACACAGCUCAAGAAACUCUUGAAAUUGAUAAAGCUGAGUGGUCCAAUUGAUGAUCCCUCUCCAAUGGCUGCUGCAAGCAGAUCCUUCAUCCUUGGUGAUGCUGGACAAUUGGUGUAUAAAACAACCAGCGGCUUGAUUAAUCUCUCAAAUUGUGGGUUUUUAAAUUGGGAUAUUGAUUUGCACUUACUUUCCCUUCUGAAGGAGAGAGGUUUCCUUCCUUUGUCAGCUGCUUUGCUGUCAUCUUCUAUUUUGCGAUCCGAAACAGGGCAUGCAAUGGACUUGUUCCUGGAUGUUGUAUCGCACAUUGAAGCAAUAAUUAUUUCACUCCUCUUCUGUCGCUCAGGAUUAGGUUUCCUUCUACAUGACCCUGAAAUCUCCUCAACCAUUAUCUAUGCUUUGCGCGGUAUGGAGGAUGUCCAGAAGGAAGACGCGCUUUCACUUCGAUAUGCAUCUGUCUUGAUGUCCAAAGGGUUCUUUUGUCGCCCCAUGGAAGUUGGCAUGAUUGUUGAGGUGCACAUGAAGGCGUUAAUCGCCAUAGAUAGUCUAUGUAAGUCGAUACCAGGUACUGAAGAAUUUCUUUGGGUGCUGUGGGAUCUUUGUCGCCUCUCUAGGUCAGAGAGUGGACGCCAGGCUCUAUUGGUUUUGGUGAACUUCCCAGAGGCUCUCAAAGUUUUGAUGACCGCAUUGCAUUCCGGAAGGGAACUUGAUCCUGCUUCCUUGAACACUGGAGUUUCACCUUUAGAUGUUGCGAUUUUUCACUCGGCGGCUGAGAUUUUUGAAGUUAUUGUCACUGAUUCUACUGCUACUUCUUUGACGUCUUGGAUAGACCAUGCGAAGGAGCUGCACAUGGCAUUACAUUUCUCUUCCCCAGGUUCCAACAAGAAAGAUGCUCCUGCACGGCUUUUGGAAUGGAUAGAUGCUGGUGUAGUUUACCAUAGGAAUGGGGCAAUUGGACUUCUACGAUAUGCUGCUGUUUUGGCUUCUGGAGGAGAUGUUCACAUGGCCUCAGACAGUGUUCUGGCAUCCGACAUGAUGGAUGUUGAUAAUGUUGUUGGGGAUUCUUCUAGUAGUUCUGAUGGUAAUGUAAUUGAUAAUCUAAUUGGAAAACGUAUUACUGAGAAGGAUUUUCCUGGUAUUGUUCUUCGUGAUUCCUCCAUUGCCCAGCUCACUACAGCAUUUCGAAUUUUGGCAUUUAUUUCGGAUAAUUCGGUUGUAGCUGCUGGUCUGUAUGAUGAAGGUGCUGUAAUGGUUGUGCAUGCUGUUGUGAUCAAUUGUAAAGUGAUGCUUGAGAGGUCUUCCAAUAUUUAUGAUUAUCUUGUUGAUGAGGGUGCAGAGGGCAAUUCAACUUCUGAUUUGCUUCUAGAACGUAAUCGUGAAAAGAGCCUGUUUGAUCUGCUGAUUCCUUCACUGAUCCUACUCAUCAAUCUCUUGCAGAAGUUACAGGAAGCCAAGGAGCAACACAGGAACACAAAACUAAUGAGUGCACUCUUACAGUUGCACCGAGAAGUGAGCCCCAAGUUAGCUUCCUGUGCAGCAGAGUUAUCCCAUACUUGCCCUGAUUUUGUGCUUGGUUUUGGAGCCGUCUGCCAUCUUCUUGCAUCAGCACUAGCUUGUUGGCCAGUGUACAGUUGGACUCCUGGCCUUUUCCAUUUCCUCCUUGACAGCCUUCAUGCCACUUCGCUAUUGGCACUGGGCCCCAAGGAAACCUGCAGUUUGCUUUGUCUACUGAAUGAUUUGUUUCCGGAUGAAAGCCUUUGGAUGUGGAAGAAUGGAAUUCCAAUGCUGAGCCCCCUAAGAGCAGUGGCUGUGGGGACACUAUUGGGUCCGGAGAAAGAGAAACAGAUCAAUUGGUAUCUAAGGCCUGGGAACCCUGAGAAGCUACUAGCUCAGUUGUCUCAGCAACUGGCGAAACUCGGAGAAGUUAUCUUACAUUGUGCUGUCAGUAUGUCAGUUGUCAUACAAGACAUUCUACGUGUGUUUGUGGUUCGGAUUGCAUGCCUGAAUCUUGACUAUGCUUCUGUGUUGGUGAGACCUAUAAUAUCAUGGAUCUCUCAUCGCCUCUUAGAGCCAACAACAUUAUCCGAUGUGGACGCAUACAAGGUUCAUCAAUUGCUUAAAUUUCUUGCUAUCUUAUUGGAGCAUCCAAUCGCUAAGCCACUAUUUUUGAGGGAGGGUGGCUGUCAGAUGCUCACAAAAGUGCUUGAGAAGUGUACUGGAGCUGCCAACUCUGACGUGAAGCAGUUCUCCGAAAACAUAAAUCUUGCAAAAUAUGAAUCUUCACUUAUUAGCUGGUCUACACCUGUAUUCCAAUCGAUCUCAUUAAUCAGUGAUGACUCUGCAUUUUUUCAGCAUCCUGGAGUGCAGUACAGGAAUCUUCCUAACAGUUUUACAGCCAAAGAAUGUUCCAUAUUCUGGUCAUAUCUCCUUAGAUUUUGCAUGGUUUUGCCAGUUGGAAGAGAAUUGCUUGCCUGUCUGGCUGCCUUCAAAGAGAUGGGUUCCUCUACCGAAGGCCAGAGUUCUUUGCUCUCUUUUGUAAAACACAUUCAGUCCUCUACUAUUCAGGAUUCUGAGUCUCAAAUAAACCAUGAAAGUGAUGCAAGUUACGGGAAAAUUCAUGCAUCUGAAUGGAAGGAGCAUCCUCCAUUGUUAUGCUGCUGGACUUCAUUGUUAAGGUCGAUUGAUUCUAAGAAUGUUCCUCGCGAACAGGUUGCUGUAGCUAUUCACACAUUAACCUCAGGUGCAUUAGGCAUUUGUAUGGAUAGGGAAAGCGUGAACUUGGAGAGGGUUGCUGUAGUCAAGUUCCUUUUUGGAGUAAAGAAUGAUUAUUCUUCAGAAGGUUUUGUCGAAGACAACCUGAAGCAAAUCGAGGAGCUCGCAGAUAUGUUAGGAUCUGUGACUUGCAAUGAACUUGACCCUGAUGCUCUCCCUACACAGGAUCAGAUCAAGGAGACUGCAAACUUGUUAUUGCGUUUGUUGCGGAAGUCCUCAGGCACAGAGGAGGUGGAUGCUGCAAUUGCCAGUGGUUACACCUCAUUAUCGACUCUCCCAGUUUCUUCGAGGAUACAGAGAUUUGCAAACAGAAGUGUGGGGCGGAUUGAAGAAUAUAGCUGGGAUGAUUUUGGAGCCACUUUCUUUUGGGAAUGUCCUGAGAAUUUGCGUAACAGGCUAGCUCAGACAGGUCUUUCUGCAAAAAGAAAGAUCUCCUCACUGGAGGGGGCAAAUAGGCAUACCAGAGGAGACAAUUCUGUAGUGGAAGCUACCUCACAAAAUACAUUUUCUAGGGGUUCAGUACCUGUCACCACACCUCCGGGCCCUACACGUCGGGAUACCUUCAGACAGCGUAAGCCAAACACUAGCAGGCCUCCUUCUAUGCAUGUGGAUGACUAUGUUGCAAGAGAACGAAAUGUUGAUGGUAAUAAUUCUAAUGUAAUUGCUGUCCCACGGAUAGGAUCUUCUAGCGGGAGACCACCAUCCAUUCACGUAGAUGUAUUCAUGGCCAGACAAAGGGAGCGUCAAGGUGUAGCUGUUAAUGAUGCGGUAACACAAGUGAAAACAGCAGCUCCAGAUGACAACAUAGACGCAGAAAAGUCCAGCAAACCUCGACAGUUGAAACCAGAUCUUGAUGAUGAUCUUCAGGGAAUUGAUAUUGUUUUUGAUGCUGAGGAGUCUGAACCUGAUGAUAAGUUGCCCUUUCCACAACCAGAUGAUAGUUUACAGCAACUUGCAUCUGUUGUAAUUGAGCAACGUUCUCCCCAUUCGAUAGUUGAGGAGACGGAGAGUGAUGUAAAUGAAAGUAGUCAGUUUUCUCGCUUGGGUACUCCAUUAGCAUCAAACAUGGAUGAAAAUACGCCGAGUGAGUAUUCAUCCAGAAUGUCUGCAUCUCGUCCGGAGAUGCUAUUGACUCGAGAACCGAGUAUUUCUUCUGAUAAGAAGUUCUCUGAUCAGGCAGAGGACACAAAGAGUUUGCCAACCAGAAUUCCUAAUGCAAUUGAUUCCUCUGCAAUACCCAGUAGUACAGGGGUUGCAGCUUCUAUUUAUAUGAAUACUUCAUCUUCUUCUGUACGAUUUUCUGUUGAGUCCAGGACACCACCUAACUUAUAUCCCAAUGCAUCAAUACAACAAAGUGGAACUGUUCCUUUGGGUACUGGAUUGCAAGGUUUCUACGAUCAGAAAUUUCCUCCAAAUCAGCCUCCUCUGCCUCCGAUGCCACCUCCUCCAACAGUCUCACCUGUACUAUCUCAAAAUAUGGAUCCUGUUGUGAGUCAGUCUUCAUCAUUUUUGAAGUCUGUGGCAGAUGGGCAGGCUCAGGUUCCUCCUGGCUUCCAUGUUCAGUCAGAUUAUGCGUCUGUUGUACCAUGCAGUUCGACAUCACUGGCUACUUCAGUUGCGUUGUCAGACCCAAAGUUUGGACGGACAUCUCUUCCUUCGCCUUUAGGAUCUACAAGACCUCCUCCACCGCUUCCUCCCACACCACCUCCUUAUUCAGCCAGCUCUUCGCUAAAGAAUUCUACUUCUUUGUCUCCACAAUAUUUUCAAACUGUUAGUAAUUCUGAGCUUCAGCACGCCUCUGCUGCACCCCCUGUUGAUGGAAUGGUGAACCUUUCAGCAUCACGCACGAUGAUAACUUCCUAUCCCCCACCGCCUUUGAUGCAACCAUUGCUUUUCAGGCCCAGUUCCAUGCCUGUCGGUCUUUAUGGAAAUAGUUUAGUUCCACAUCAUGGAGAAAACUUGGCUAAUGUGUCGCAAAAUCUUCCCAUGUCUCUCCCUUCAGUUCAAGCCAUACCAGCUCUUACUCAGUUACAGCCGCUUCAGCCGCCACAAAUCCCUCGUCCUCCACCUCAGCAUCUUAGGCCACCUGUUCCAGCUUCCCCACAUUCAGAGCAGGGUGCAACAUUGUUGCAAAGUUCCAUACAGAUUCCAGCUCAGCCAUCCCAGGUGCUGCAGCAGCCCCAAGUCUCCCCAGCUCAUGUGUAUUAUCAAACCCAACAACAAGAAAAUGUAUCACAGUCGUUGCAACAGCAACAGGUUGAUCGUUCGCAAAGGAGUUUGCAGCCUUCAGGGGAUGGCGCAUCCCAGCAACAAGAUUCCGGAAUGUCUCUACAAGAGUAUUUUAGAUCCCCUGAAGCGAUUCAGUCUCUUCUGAGUGACCGCGAAAAACUUUGUCAGCUUCUAGAGCAACAUCCAAAGUUAAUGCAGAUGCUGCAGGAGCGGCUGGGUCAGUUAUAGUGGUAGUCCGGCUCAGUGCCUGAGGAUCUUGGUGAAAGCAGACAAACAACUGUGCUCGGAAAGCCAGUAUUGUUUCCAGAUUUGGGAUAUAUUUUAUGUACAUUGCUUUUGUAUUUUCAUUCAUUAAAUUUUAGAUUGACCUAAAAAUUGUAGUAUUUCUGAUGCUAGGAAAUGUAAAUGGGAUAGGUUGGUGUUGUUUUCGAUUGCCUCUGUAACUGUUUGCUUUGUGAGUGCUCUGACCCAGUGAAACUUGAGUGAGACAUUAACUAUAGGGCUAAAUGAAAGGCUAACAGAAAACCAAAAUAGUCGAGUACUAUGUCCUUCAGGCAAGAUGCAGUGACGACUCUUUAUAAUGUAUUAACCCCAUCAAGAAUUGACCGUCUCAUCCGUUCAAUCACUCCCCUGAGAGA